UUUAGAAGAUGACGUUUACUCCUGCUUAAAGCUGCUAUUCUUAAAACAAAUAGUAGAAGAAUGUGGAAGAACUCUAGCCUCCGCUGCCUUUUAGCACUAGCUAUUUUAUGCUUAAGAAGCUUAAUGUAUAGCCAAGAGAUAGGCUCUCCAGGGGACCCCCAGAAUUUGAAAUGUGUAACACACAAUUUACACAAAAUGCUCUGUACUUGGGAUGUUUCUUCUAGAAGAAAACAUGGACAAACUGACUUUUGCUACACUACCAAUGACCUUACCCCUCAAGUGUGCUUUAAAACUAAGGAGAGAAGGGUUGAGAUUCCAGUCCCAGAGACCUCCAUCACAGUGACAAUCAUAAGCUCUGGAACUGCUUUUCCUACCAAAGAAUUUGUAAUACACCAGAAAGACAUCCCCUUUGUUCCCGUCACUCCACACAUUCUUAGUUUAAUGCCUGACUUUCCAACUUCCACAUUAAAUCUGAAGUGGAGUGAUAAUGGAUCAAUCUUCCCAUAUGGAUUGGAUGCCCUUUGGGAGAUUCAGAUACUCCGAAAAGAAGCUAUGGAAGUAGUCACACAAGUUACUUACUACUCAAAACUGACUCAUGAAGAUAUCAUUCUUUCUUGGAACUGGACAUCAGAUAUGCCUUUGGAGUGCACAUCACAUUAUGUGAAGAUUCGCUGUUACAUUAAUGCAACACAGUUUGCUGGCCUCAAGGAUUGGAGUGACUGGAGUCCAGCAAAAAUGAUCCCUGGAAAAGAUACCGAGCCUGGUGGAAGUGGAGUGUUUCCUCUGGACCCUGUGGUGGCAGUAGGUUCAGAUUUGACAUUUUGUUGCAUCCAUGAAGAAGAUCAGCACAUAACAAAUAUGACUUAUGGAUCAAAAUCCUAUACAAUGAUCCAACUGAGCCGUCGAAGCCAUGCCAUCAGAGUGCUAAAUGCCAGUGUUUCAAAUAGCAGCGGAACAAAUGUAGUGUGCAGACUCGAAAAUGGAUUGGAAGGAAGUGUCGUGUUUGUAGGAUAUGCUCCUGAUAGUCCCCAAAACCUCAGUUGUGAAACACCCAACUUUCUGAUAAUAAAAUGCACCUGGGAACCAGGCAGGCCCAGUGGACUAUAUGGAGAACGAAGAACAAAGUACAGUUUAUUUGAAAGAACAUCUGGUAAAAAUGUUUCAUGCGAAGACAAUGAAGUGAACAGAGAUCAUGUUUGUGGCUUUCCAGUACUGCCUGAUCAAAAAACUUAUGAUUUCAUAUUAGGUGUCUCCAAUCCUAUUGGGCAAGCAGAGUCAUCUCUUUUGGUUGAUAUAACUCAAAGAGUUCAUCCAAAAACCCCAGAAAAGCUAACUGUUACUGGGAACAACUCUACAAGCAUUCAAUUGCGUUGGUUUAUAAAUGGCAGCUUUGCUGAGACCAGGCUUCUGUGUCAAAUUGAAAUUAGCAGUAGUCACUCUGAGAGAAAACUGCACAAUGUCUCCAUUCCUGGGCGGAAAUCUUCAACUUACACAGCUCAGCUGAAUGCAUUGCACCCUGACACCAAAUACCAGCUCAGGGUGCGCUGCUCGGCUGCUGACCACUUCUGGAGGUGGAGUGACUGGAGCAGGGGAGUGGAGCAGACAACAUCAGAAGCCCCUCCUGCAAGAGGACCAGAUAUCUGGAGAGAGAGAAGUCCUUCUGGUGAAAGCCUAAUAGUCUUCUGGAAGCCCUUAUCCCUUUCUGAAACCAAUGGAAAAAUAGUGUCUCAUGAAGUGUCCUGCUACCUGCUAGAGACACUACUGGAGCGUAAAGUAGUCUUUGAACCCUCAAACAGUACUGAGAUAAAACUUGGAGAAAGUGAUUGUGUAAUUAGCGUUGUAGCCAGAAACCAUGCCGGUUCAUCUCCCCCUUCAAGGAUAACAAGCGUGGAACUUCCAAGUGACAAUGUCACAACAGAUCAGGCCGUGGCAAUGGGUAAUGGAAUUAAUAUUUCUUGGGAUUCUUACCCUAACAUGACAUGUGGCUACGUAGUAAAAUGGUGUCAUUCAUCUGGGUCUGAACCCUGUAGUGUGGACUGGCAGAAAUUUCCUUCAAAUACAACAAAUACAGUGAUAAAAUCUGCUCUGUUCAAACCUGGUGUGAGAUACAACUUUUCUCUGUAUGGCUGCAAAUCCACAGGAUAUCAGUUGUUGAAAAAUGUAACUGGAUAUAUGAAAGAGCUGCCUCCAAAAACUGCACCAAAUUUUAUUGUUGAAGAAACUUCUUCAGAUUCUAUUUUGGUAAAAUGGGAAGACAUUCCUAUUGAAGAAUGCCGAGGAUUUCUAAAAGGAUAUCUUCUUUCCUUUGCAAAAGGUGAAAAAGAUGCUUUAAAGCCUAGACUUUCAGAAUCAGGGAAUCCAGAACUUAAAGUUAACAAUAUCACUGACUUAACAAAGAAGUCUAUGAAAAUAUUUGAUCUUCAAGGCAAAACAAGUUACCAGCUGGAACUACAAGCCUACACUGCUGGUGGGUUGAGCCCUCCAAACAGCCUCUAUGUGGUGACAAAAGAGGACUCUGUAGGAUUAAUCAUUGCAAUUCUCAUCCCCGUCGCAGUGGUGGUGCUGCUGGGAGUGUUGGCCAGCAUCUUCUGCUACCGAAAGAGAGAAUGGAUUAAAGAAACAUUCUAUCCAGAAAUCCCGAAUCCUGAGAACAGUAAGGCACUGCAGUUUCAGAGGAACAUCUGUGAGGGGAAUAAGACACUUAAAACACUGGAAAUGAACCCGUGCACCCCCAACAGUGUUGAAGUGGUGGAAACACAGUCUGCAGCUCCAAAGAUUGAAGACACAGAGAUGAUGUCCCCAGCAGCAGAGACCACUGUGCCUGAAGAUGGUUCUGACUCAGAAAUGGAGAACCACGUUGUUGUCUCCUACUGCCCCCCUAUCAUUGAAGAGGAGAUCUCAAAUCCCUCUAUGGAUGAACCUGGGGAGUCAUCUCAGGUGGUUUACAUUGACAUCCAGUCAAUGUAUCAACCUCAAAUUAAACCAGAGGAGGAACCAGAAACAGACUUAGUGACUACAGCGGGCUAUAAGCCACAAAUGCAGCUGUCUAUCAGUGCUCUGAAAAUAGAGGGUCAUUCACCUGUGGAGGAAGAAUUGGAUAAAACUGAAGGUUACAGACCUCAAGCAAACACAAACACCUGGAACAUGGGCACUCCAGACUCUCCUGGAACAGUUGAAAGCAACAAUGAAAAUACAUCUUUUGGGAGCCCAUGUUCAAUUAAUUCCCGACAGUUUCUGCUUCCCCCAAAAGAUGAUGAAGACUCUCCUAAACCCAUUAACACAGGGUGGUCCUUAACACACUUUUUUCAGAACAAACCAAAUGAUUAACAGUGAAUCCUCAUUGCACAUGAACCUGCCUUCUGAAUAAGCUUUUAUUCCUGAUAUUGUAGAGAAAGGAAGAAGAAAAGUGCAAAAGGCAUUAAUUAUUCUUGGAGACAGUCAGAAGUUCUAGUGAGCUGAAUGUUACCAUGUGUAAGUUAGUCAAAGGGUUAAUAUUCCAUUGUAAUAGAGGCUGAGAGGCCAAAAUUAUAGCAAUUUAGUUAUUACUCUAGUAAAAUAUAUUGGAUGUAAGGGGUUUUGAAUUUACAGCCCCUGAUAAUUAUAGUCAAAGAUCUCUGCCUACCUUCACACAUUGCUCCAAGAUAAACGUGGUCUCAUGCAAUUUAUAACUUGGAAAGAUUGCUUUGCUUUGUUGUAGUUGUUAUCAACUGUGCAGACUCAAAUGAUGCAGUGCCAACAGAUUUCCUUACUGAAGGUGUAAUUUAUAUAAAAUCUCAGCCUUAGACAUGGAAACAAUGUGGUGGGAAACUGUUGAGAUCUUUUACCUAGUUAUAAACAAAGAACAAAUGAGAGUGCUAUUUUUUUUCUUCUCCUGUAUGGAAGGUUAUUGUCACUGUUUAACACUUACAAAGCAAUGGCCAUUCAAAUCUGUUGCUUUUUAACUAGACACUAAUUUCUGUACCUACUGUACAAUGUUUAUUAAAUGUUUGACUCAGGGGUACAAACUUGGGGAAAAGAAGUGUAACACUGAUUGAAACCUCAACAAGAGCUGCAUAAAGUUUAAAACUUCCUUUAAAAAAAAAAAACUUUGAAUGCUCUAUAUUUUUUCUAUCUUUUGGUUAAAGAGUUAAUCUUUCCUGAUGUAUUGCACUAAUACAUUUUGUAUUUCAUAGCUUCUGCUCCAGAUCUCCUGCUUUGAAGUGGUACAGUAGUCCAUUCACCCUCAGUGUUCAGCAGUCUUUGCACUAUGCAGUAAUGUAAGCCGUGGGGAAAUCUCUGUCUACUCACCUUGGUUGCUGACGCAGUUUGGCACAUGAAAUUAGAGGUAGUAGGACUAGGUCCUUGAGGAGAAAUUGCUUUUUGGAUGGUCUUUAUCGUAUUAGCUUUGUAUUACCUGCUGCCUGGCUGAUCUUUGAUUUUAGGCGUCAGUCCAACAGGACCUUCUAUACAAAUCCUACCUGGGAGUACAAGGUAGGAUUUCUCUAGUGGCAGGGAGAAACCCACAGAGGUUUUAGUGCCGCUAAUUCUACCUCUCCUUUACCAGAUAUGUGAUGCAAAGGAAGCUUAAAUUAUGUACAUUUGUGUGCUUAAAGGAAUGCUUAGUUACAAUCGUCUUUUAAAACGCUUGUUUUCCCAUGUGCAUCUCUAAACAACUGUAACUAUAACAUUUCACUGUGUAAAUUUUAGGCUGUGGCAUACAUGAAUUUCACUAGCUUACAGGAAAAAUGUUUGAGAAUUUGCCUGUUUCUUGCUGUAAAACAGUGGGGAGGCAUCAGAUGUUUAAAGAGCUUGAUCUAAAAGGGUCUCCAUAUAGUUCUAACCAUUUUUUUUUAAAUCUCCAUUUCCUUAGCUACUGUGCUUUGUUUGGGGUUUGGAUUGUUGUUUGGUUUUGGGUUUUGGGUUUUUUUAAUAAAUGAGACAUGGGAAUGGUUUUCGAAACAAAACAGAUAGGAGAAUUGGCUUGGCUGCUAGUUGUAUUGGUUUGAGAGUAGACUAGGAGGAUAACUUGAAAGACAUUUGGUCUCCAAACCACAUGAUCUGGCCAUCAAAAUAAAACCAAGCAUAAGGUUAAACAUAAUCACAGCAAUGGGUGGUUCAGUUUCAGAGGCUGACAUAUCUCUGCCGUCUCCAUAGAACGAAAGUGUAGAGGUGUUUCAAAACUGACAAAAAGGCAAAGCUCUAAAUAGUUACCAUAGUAGGUAACAACUUCCUGUAUGUGCCUCCCUGAAGAGUGAACUGUGAAAAAGUGAAGAACAGAUUAGUCUGCAGGUCUGGCAGAGUACAAGGUGUCUCUGAAAGAACAGAAAGUGCACAUAAGAUCCAUUUUUUGAGUCUUUGAAUUAGCAGGGCUGCACGUGGAAAGAAAGGCAGUGCAAAGAGCUGAUGUCCAUUUGUAACCAAACAUGAGCACAAGAGAAGUGUCAUAGCCUAUUACUUAGAACAUUAAACUAACACAUGAAAGGAAGUAGUUAAGCUUCCUUGCGAUUGAUAGCUGGGAGGAGGCUAAAUCCUAAUAGUAACAACUGUUUUUUAUAAUUAUUAUUUUUUAAGAGUAUUUCUUUUCAUUAGUGUAGAUUUGGCUUAGUGUGUCCAUCUCCUAAGAGGAAUUUUAGCUUUUGCUGCUAUAUGCUUUUAAUUGAAAGCAGAUGAUGUCAUGGACAGCGUGUAUGGAUAGUGGUUAGGGUUUUUUUUUUUAAAUAGAGCAGUUUCUCAGUGCAGAGGAGCAAUCAGUAUUGUAUGGUAAUCCAACUGAAAAAAGAAAACCUCAGAACAGCUGACCAUGAAGAAUAAGUGGGCUUUUCAUAUGGCUGUGUAUUGCAAGAAACAAAAUCAAACUGCAGUUUGAGAGUACUAACAAUUUUUAAUUUGGAGCCUGGAAAUCAGGACAGCUGCAGAGAACACACAGAGUUCUCACAGGAAGUAGUUUAGGACCAUUCUCAGUGUUCACAUGGUGAACUUACACAUAAGCAUCACAUACUCAGGUUUCCCAGUGUGCUGCUCCUCCUAUUCAGUAAAGAUGACAACAUUUUAAAUUGCUUCAUUUCUUAGUGAUUAGGUAAGGAAAAGCUCCACAAAUGCAUGUUCUGCCUCAAUGUUGAUGUUAUAAACUCUCUCUGACCUAAUUAUUCAUCCCUCUUUUUUUUCCUUUUUAUUUUUAAUUCUUGACUAUAUACCAGGUAUUCUGACUUUCAGGAUGCAGGUCAGAAAGAUCCUUUAACAGCAAUUGCUUCAGUAAGAAAAGUGGGGCAAAUGUGGGAGAGACACAGGCUUGUGCAGUAUCUGUAGCAUCAUUAUUGCUUAAAGCUGAAGAGCUAGUAAGCAGUUGUCAUUCCAGCACUUGAAAGCUUAGCUGCUUCACCUUUGUCGUUUCCUUUGAGCCUAUUCAGUGCUGCCUUUCAAAUGCCUAUCUCAGAUCUUCAGCAGUGAAUUCAGAUGCAUAGGAAGAGGUGGUGUGCUAAUGUUGUGAUCAACCACCCCUGGGUAUGUGGAGCAGUCGAGAUGAAUGACAAGGACAGUCGGGGAAUAGACUUGCUUUCUGAGCCCAAGUGCCAUGUUAAACCAGUGAAGCAUCUUUAGGAAUGUCUUUGAACCAAAUGCUCUUUCAAAGCAUGGUGCUCUCUCAUGGCCUCUAAAUGCUUUGAUAACACAGUAAGCUUCAGAGGCGAUCAGAUUCUUUGUACUAGUGCCUUCUAGCUUCCUGAAGAGCCUCUUUGGACAAGUUUUUUUCUGAAAAAUAUAUUAGGAAUCGUAAAGUUUGAAGAGCAUUUCCUUACUAUCCUUUUGUGGAAAAUCUUAUCCUUUAUUGAACAUUUAUUUUUAGUUAUUUUGGAUUUUUUACUUCACUUUUUAGAAGAGUAAAAAAUGCAGCAUUUAAAAAAAAUUAUAAAGAACCAAACAAAAAACAAAAUCCAACAACUUCCAGAAGGGAUAUGACCAGAAGGGAUUGUGUCAUGCCUGACUUCAGUCCUCCAGGAUCAGUGUUCGGAGAUGUAGGGUAUUAAUGCCAAGCAGUUGCUUUCUGAAGAAAGUCGUUGGUUCUGCUGCUUUUUAUUUUUGAGCCAUGCCUGUCAUAUGUGACAAUUUAAGUUUUGCAAUGGAUUUUUGUACUGUUCACUGUACGUAUGGAACAUUGGUCACGUUUGAUGUAUCAUUGUGCACUCUCCUAUUUGACACAUUCAUUAUUUUUUGUUUUUUGACAUGCACAAGAUCUGGGAUCUCAGGCUUGUGUUACAUUUUGGGAUGGUAGAUCUGCAUGUGAUAUACCUCACAGAACUACUAGUUAAUAUAUCAACAAAAUAGUAAGCUAAUAUUACAGGCAGGCAGUGAAUUACCUCCCCUGCUAUGCAGUGGCUGUAUAGGCAGACCUAGAACCCGAUAACUGACAUUUGCUGUCUUUAUUAUCUCUAGUUGCUGCUUUCAUGGGUAAACCAUUUCUAAAGGGAGCCAGUCGCUGUGUGGUUUGUCAUGGCACAAUUGGCAGAUGCACCGUGUUUCUUCAUCUUUGGUUUAUGUGGGGGACCAGAAUUUUACUUUGUUAGUAACUGGCAGCAGCACACUCCUGCUGACCUCAAGCUUUAGGCUGCUCUGAAGAGGCAUUUUCAAGUCACAUUUUAUGUUGUUGUUGAUAGGUUCAGCGAGGUAAAGCUUAAUGCUGUGGUAUUAUUUCCUGUGAUCAUGUCCUCCAGGACACUCAGUUGAACAUGAAUAGGAGCAAAAAUUAAAGUGAUUGGGUGCACUGGAGAGAGAAGGCUAGAUAAGGCAUCACUCUGAAAAGGCAAUGAUAAAUUGCGUGCUCUGUUUUUAAAUGAAUACUGCUUUGUAAAUAGAAUACUUGUAUCUCUACAAGUAGAUAGAAAUAUAGUAAAAUAAUUUGACAGAUAUUAGAAAAAUGUAACAUUUAGAGAAUGAGAUUGCUAGCAAGGCUCUGUGUACCAUAAAUCUGUGAAGAGCUUCCCAUGUAAAUAGCAUUUUCUGUUCUGCCAGACUUUGAUGAAGACUUCAGUGCAAAUGACAUUUAAUAUUUAUAACACUAAGUCCUAACCCUUUAAUGCACACAUGUGCUUGCAUCAUCAUGUGCCUAGGUGCAUAUGGCAGAGGAAGUCAGCUUGCAAUUGCCACAGUGAUUUUUUUUGGAGUUCUGCACAUGAAUAUAUACCUUCUGAGACAGUUUUGUCUAGAGGAAGCACCUGCUGUCUUGUGCUCCUCCCAACACACUUCGCAACCCUUGUGGUGCAGUGCAUUAAGUGAUGCCCUGUGUGGACCAUGCUCAGAGAUGCUGUUGGCAGUAUUUGUUGGUUUUUUUCCCUUGUCUUUUCCUUAGCCAGCCUGGAAACACAGUCCCAGACCCCAAAUGCUAGACAAGGAUUCAGAAGUGUUUGAGUGUUUAAUUCCCUUAUGUUUAAGACUGUCUUAGAUAUCUCAUUAGGAGGUGUAAAAUAGUUUAUUCCACUACAAUUUUCUUUCCCCUCCCCCAUUAAUACAAGUCUGGAUUUUCCCCAUUGUUUCUAAGAUAGCCAGUGUUUGUUUGCUUUUUGCAUGUUGUACAGGCAAACCUCAGAUGAUACUGGCAGGCUUUCUGUAACUUUAUAAGUUGUCCCAGUAUUGUGCAUGAAAAUACUUCUCCCCCACAAAAGGAUCUAUUAAUUCCUUCUGCUUUUACAACUGGAAAAAAAAAACUUCCAGAAGACUUCUGGGUUUUGGAGAGCAGGGGCUUAGCAUCCCCAUGCAAGUGAGCUGGUCUAAUGGCAGGGUAUUUCAUGAGAGGAUGGGGUUAAUCCCUCUCCAGUGUCACCCUCCUCUUGUGACAGCACUGUCCAGGUGACUUUGUGGUGCACCAGAGCAGAUGAAAUCCUUGGUUUUCAAUGUGAUACCUAACAAAAUCUCUAGGACAGUCCCAAAUCUGCAUUUUGACUGAAAGCAAGCUUCAGUGGAAAUUUUUGGACAACUUCCACUAGGAGGCUCAAUACCUUUGCAGCUCACUUGGUCUCACGUUGUUCAAAAAGUAGUGAGUAAAACUAACCCAGGAACAAAGCAAAAAGUGAAAUUUUCACUUUUACAUUAUUUGGAUUAAGAAAAAUUUAAAAAUUAAUAGCUUGAGCAGGGCAAAGUAAAAUAGAAAGGUCACACCCUUUAGUAGUAAAAAAAGAAUCCUUCAACAUCACUUUGUCAAUGUUUUCUAAAUGUGGUUCAAGAAUGGCUUUGGAAACAUUUUACGUUUUGAUAGCAUGUCAAAAGUUUGUAAAGCUGGGGAUAGCAAAAAGAGAAGACAACUGAAUCGUAUCAUAUCUGAAAUCCUACUUGAAGGUAACAGCAAUUUGAACUUUGAGCCUGUUGUGGCACACAAAACAUCAGAACUGGUGGAAUCAUACAGGUCACCUGAAAAAACAUACAACAUUGUACUAUAAUGCUGUAACUUUAAACAUAUACUGUGAAUAGGUUCAAAUUUUUUUUAGCUCUUUUUAUACCAUAUUUUUUACAGCAUAAAUAAUUUGUUUAGAGAUGUUUUUUAUGUUCUGUUUUUAUGAAGAUUUUAAUGGACUUUUGUUAAAUACUAGUGAAAAUAUUGUUUGCCAAUUCAACAUAGUCAUCUAUAGAAGUUAAUUCUGAGAAUAAAUCAGUAGAUUGAGCUGAAAAAAUAGUCUUCAUAACACACUACAACUAGUAAGUCAUUCAGCAUAUUUUUGUUGCUGAAUGAUACUGAAAUUUUCCAGCUUCCAAAUCUGCUAUUGAAAAAUUACUUCUUUCACGAUUUUAGCAAAAUCAUCACAAGGCACUUUAAUAAAGCUGUAGCAUGCCAAGUAAAAUACUGAUUCAACGAAGUGUAUCGAUAUGAAAAUUGAUCAGCUAAGCAGUUAAACAAAUGCAUGCUUAAAAAAGGAAGCAUGGGAUCAUGUUGGGGAUAUAAUAUUUCAGUGUGGCAGUUGACAUGUAAGACUAACCUAACACUAAGAUAAAACUUUGCAUACAUUUUAAACCUAGUUUGCUUGCUUGAUGUAACUCCUGUUGUAUUGCUUGGGUGUCUAAAAGUAAGCAUGUGUUUAACAAUUUUGCCAUAGUAUUGCCAUGAAAUUUAAUAAAUAUAUUUUCUUACACUCUUA